AUGUACGAUUUAAAUGUAAGUGGGGCAACACAGCCACCACCACAACGGAGUAGCGAUAACAGAGUUGAGCAUAAGAAGAGUGAGUUCAUACCCUCCACAACGUACAAUUUAUAUGAUGAGCGAAACCCAAAAAGACAUCAGGGCAGCAGCAGUAGUGAACACGGUGUAUCUGAAGAAGGAAUACAUCCCUCAUCGAAAGAUACAUUCAACAACAACGAGUGUGGGACUAACACAACAAAACACAUGCGAAACCAAAAUACACAAUCACAAUUACAAUCACAACAACAACAGGGAAAGCAAAUACAAGAAGGACAGGAACCACCAUAUAAACAACAACAAGAACAAGAAGAAGAAGAAAAAGAAAUAGAAAGAAAACCAUCAUUGGUGGUAUCUAGUGGUGUACGUGGUCCACACACACCUCUCUUCUCCUCUCCAAGUCCUGUCGCCGCACAGAUGGAAGUCUUCACAGGCCCCGUUGUCCAUGAUAUUAUUAUGCAAACCCGUUUAAACUUUCAAGCUCCACCCAAACUCACACUACAAACACAAACACAACCAACCCGUCCAUGUCUCACUCCACCAAAUAAAUGUAAUCAUAGUCACAGAAAAGGAAAUGAAAUGACGCCGCCCUCUGCGGUGUUUUCCAUGUCUCCAGGAGGCGUCACUUCACUUUCAACUUCACUACAUCAGGGAUCAGUGGCAUCAUUUAAUAGUACCCCACGAUCUCCAGAACCAUCAUGGUUAAAAUUGGGAGAAAAGGUUCAUCAUCAUGGACAUAUCUCUAAACUGGAUAAAGUGGUUAGGCAAACACCUUUGCUAUCGUUACCACGAGAGAACCACACUGAUUUUAGUAAUGGAGAUAUUUCCCCUGUUACUUCAUUUCCCGUUUCUCUAAUAAACUACCGAUCACCAGUAGCAAGGAAGCACCCAACGCCAACGGGUAAUGAAACCUCUAAUUUAUUUGGAACCCCCUUUCAGCAACAACUACAACUACAACAACAACUACAACAACAACAAGAGAAACAGGAAUUAGCACAGCUUUCACCUUCUUCAUUGAUAAAGAAACCUUUUUCUCCCAAGAAAGAUGAUACAUGGGGAAAUAAUGGAGUUCAAAGACAACAACAACAGCAACAACAAACACUGUUGCAGGUUUCUACUUCUUCAACAAAUAAAAGCAGUGGUAGUAGUAAUCGAUGUAGUGCUUUGAAUAGCACCAGUACUUACUCUAAUGGUCGACUUGCAAAUCUUAGCACAUCCAUAGCUGGCGGUGGAAGUGGUAGUGUUUCACUUCCGGCUAUUUCAAUCCCUAGUGGUACCUGUAUUCCUUUAAAAACAGUACGAAAUGGGAAGAAUAACGGGGUGAAUCAUGUUGAGAAAUCACCUGGACCUCCGUGGAGUUUGAGUAUGCGAAAUGGUUUCAGUGAAUCUGGUUUAGGUAUAUCAGUUCCCUUUUCACCGAGAGGAGAAAUGGGAAGUAUUCGUAGUCCUCACAGAAAACAACAGCCGCAGCAAGAUACCACAAAUCGUAGUGUACAGGAGUUGUUGGUGCAGGAAAUAGUUACUCAACUUCGACCAAAGUAA